UCCUCAUUGAAUGUGAUAAAUUGAACUUCAGUACGUUAUUUAAAACGAACUAAUCGGCAACACAAUUUGUUCACAAAAAGCAUCUGAUCUAACAUUACAAACACAAUCAAAAUGUUUUUGAGCGUAGUGUAUUUUGUGCUAGCGUUUUCUAAUUUGUGCCAGGGUUUAGAAAUUCUAUCAUUAAACGGAAAAUGGAUACUAAGCGACAGCACAAAAAAGUAUAAUAACAUAAAGGCGGCAGUUCCUGGUGGAAUAUACAGUGAUUUAAUGAACAGUGAUAUAAUUGGAGAUAUUCAUUACGGGUUUAAUGACCGCGAUUUAAAAUGGGUGCCUCGAUUGAACUGGACUUACACAAAAACGUUUGUUUUAUCGCAAGAUCUCAUAAACAAUGAAAAUGUAUACUUAGUGUUUGACGGUUUGGAUACUUUUUCCAAUAUAUAUCUAAACGGGGCUAAAAUCGGUGAGUCAAAAAAUAUGUUUGUGCAAUACAUCUUUCCUAUAAAAAAUUAUCUUAAAGUUGGUAAUAAUACUCUCACAAUAAAUUUCUUAUCGCCUAUAGAAAUUUCGUCUACAAUAGCCACAGAACAGGCAAAAAAUUACACUGUACCACCAGACUGUCCUGCAGCGGAGUACAAUGGAGAAUGUCACGUUAAUAUGGUUAGAAAAAUGCAAGCUUCGUUUUCUUGGGACUGGGGCCCAUCUUUUCCUUCAGUUGGAAUCUGGAAAGAUGUUUAUAUUCAAGCUUUCAGUGAAUCUGUGAUUCGAUAUGUCGUUAGUGAUGUUAGUGAACAAAAUCAAGAUUAUUGGAACCUCAAUGUUGAUGUUUACUUAGCUAAUAACAUAAAAAAUAGAGUAUCCGGAAAAGUAUUAGUGGAAAUUGCACUUAAUUUUGUAAAUUUUGCAAAGGUAAUAGACAUUAAUGCAACUGAAAACAGUAAUCAAGAAAUUGUUGCUAGCAUAACUGUAUCAGUACCAAAACUUUAUGUGAACAGUUGGUGGCCCAAUGGUUAUGGAGAAAGCAAGCUGUAUCUUCUUAAAGUGACGUACGAAAGCAGUGAUACUAAAGAUGUCAGUAUCAAAAAACAAAAAAUUGGUUUCAGAAAAGUGGAGUUAGUUCAAGAUAAGUUAACCAAUGGUCUCUCUUUCUAUUUUAAAAUUAAUGAUGUGCCAAUAUUUAUGAAAGGUAGCAAUGAGAUACCAAUCGAUAUUUUACCCGAAAAAGGUCAAGAUAAAACAACUAUCAAACGCCUCCUUACAGCAGCUCGUGAUGCUAAUAUGAACAUGAUACGUGUGUGGGGAGGGGGUGUUUACGAAUCAGAUUAUUUCUAUAGUCUAGCAGAUGAAUUGGGUAUACUAAUCUGGCAGGAUUUCAUGUUUGCAUGUGGUAUGUAUCCAGCUACAAAUAUAUUUUUGGACAAUGUUUUGCUAGAAGUAAAGCACCAAGUGAAGAGAUUAUAUAGCCACACAAGUGUCAUAAUUUUUUCUGGUAAUAACGAAAACGAAGGUGCUUUACGUCAAAAUUGGUACCACACACUUUUAAAUUUCACUAUUUAUUAUCAAGAUUAUGUAAAGCUCUAUGUUACAACAAUCAAAUCAGAAUUCCUAAAAAUAACACAUAAUAGAGGUCUAUUUAUAACAUCGAGUCCUACCAACGGCAAGGAAUCUGAUGCAGAAGGAUACCUUGCUCAAAAUCCAGCGAGUACCCUUUACGGAGACGUCCACUUUUACAAUUAUAUUUUAGAUCCCUUCAAUCCAAAUUUUUAUCCUACCCCAAGAUUUGCUUCUGAAUAUGGGUACCAAUCCUUGCCCUCCAUUCAAUCAUGGUUAUCGGUUACCAACAACCUCAGUGAUAUUGACAUUAAUAGUGCUUUUAUGAACCACAGACAACAUCAUCCGUUAGGAAAUAUAGAACUACAGACUCUUAUUCUAUACAACUUUAAGGAACCAUUUUUAAAUUCGUAUUUUGAUGAAGCCCUCAUCUACUACUCUCAAGUGGUACAGGCAAUGGCUGUAAAAAUAGAGACAGAACAUUAUCGAAUCUACCGCAGUAAUUUAAAUGGAGAAGGUGAAGGAUAUACAAUGGGCGCUCUUUAUUGGCAGCUUAACGACGUUUGGGUAGCUCCAACCUGGUCUGGAAUUGAUUACAUGGGAAGAAGAAAGAUGUUGCAAUAUCUUGCUGGUAAUUUUUUUUCCCCAAUAAUGGUGGUUGGUCACAUUGAUAGCAAGAGGGAUUUACUGAUUUAUGUAGUUUCAGACCUGUUAUCCCCAAUAGAAAAUGUCACUGUAUCUCUAAGAGUCUACAACUUUACUAGUUUCCAGCCUGUUGCUACUACCUACAUAAACAUUACACUAGAAAGUGGAUCGUCUGCGUUAAUAAAAACAAUUCAUACUGAUAAUUAUUUGUCAACUUUAGGUUGUGGUCUGCCAAACAUCGCUAGAAAUAAUUGUUUCUUUUAUCUUUCCCUCACAAAUUAUGGAGUUUCAAUUGCUCCCGAUAAUUUUGUACUACCAGCUGCUGUCAAGUACAUAAAUUUGACCUCUGCCGAAGUUAAAGUAACAUCAGUAAACCAACUAAGUGACAACGGAGAGUUUAGAAUUGAAAUUACCAGUGACAAGUUUGCGCUGUUUGUUUGGAUAGAGUCGCCAGCAGUAACAGGGACAUUCUCUGAAAAUGGAUUCCUGAUAAUAAAUCCUAAAACAGAAGUUUAUUUUAAGACCUACGAACAAACUACUGCGGAUAAUUUAUUGAAAACUUUAACUAUAACUCAUAUUUUGAAUAAAAAUUACUUUUCAGCGUGAUAAUUUAUGUAAUGUUUGAACUAAAUUUAGACAGAUAAAAAUUUAUUUGCAUUUGUAUUCGUUAUAAAAAUAAAAGUUUCUACAUAC